CAAGUUUAGUCCAUUUUUCCGCUGAUCCCCACAAGCGGAUGUUCUAAGUUUUUUAAGUGAAUCAAUCAUUAGUUCUUCAAUUAUUCAAUUAGUGAAACACUGAUUUAAUCCGUUCCUCACAUGGCCGAGAGUGUUGGAAUUUCUUAAUUGUAAAACAAUUGUUGAUGGAUAGACUACAAUUCCUAAACAACUGCCAUACUUCAGUAUCGACUUUUCCUUUCAUUUGCAUUAUUCAUUGGUGGACUUCACCUCAAUUUAGGUCGGAUAAAAUUGCAGUUAGUGGCUUCAAAGUUCCAAUGUUCGUGACUUUUCUCUAACUAAUUAUAGAUAUUUUUGCAAUGCUCUCUGCCAUGAUGUUAGUGUGUUUCUAACGGUAAAGUGCGAUGAUGUGAAGAGAAAUAAAGUACUCAAAAUUAAUAAUUCAGCCAUUUCAAAUGGAAUGAGCAUGAUUCUGCGGUAAACAGUGCUAUCGAUUUUGAAAGGAAUUCUCAUAAGUUCAAAGUUUCAUCUACACUUCAAAUAAGCACGGUGUCUCAGGAAAAUGCCAACAUUAUCGACACGUCAGCAGGAGGAUCUUUUGGAAGAGAGCCCAGAGUUUGCGAUUGUAUCGGCAGAUCAUUUCAGAAAAAUUGAAAAACCAAAUGCCAUUGUCCGGCCGCUCCGACACAAUAGGGAAGUAAUUGAAGGACAGCACAUCAUUAGUCUGCACCCGGACUACAAAUUGAUACACGACUUAGAAGCACAGAUCCUCCGGAAAAACGUUUCCAACAAGAGUGAUAGCAACAAUAACAUUAACACCAUCGCCACCCCUAACACUGCCGUGAUUGCAGCAAAAAAGACGGAUCGCGGCAAGCACAAUGAAUUCACCAAAGAGCUGGACGCAAAACUAAGGAGAUUGCAAAAUGAUUCCUCCAAGCGAUCAUCGAAAAAUGCUAGUUCCCAAGAUGUUGACGUGAAAAGAAAGCCGCUGUUUAUCACAACCGUACCCAAAGGCGUAUUUCUACAGCCAAGCAAAGAACUGCCGAUAAUCUCCCCAUCUGCGGCUGCUCUACGACGCGUUUACGCCUAUGAAAGCCGUCCAAGGAUUCUGACCGCAAACAGUCUUAACAGUAAUAACAACAACAACGAUAUAAAUCAUCCCAACCAAAACCAUCAGUAUUUGAACAAGCAUGCUAGUCAUCACAAUAAGCUCCCUAUCGCUCAAGCCGAAUCAGAGCCCGAUGUCGCCAAGGCGAUCGCAUAUACAUCAAAUGGGGCCCCGAGGCACAAUCGCAUCACGAGGGUUCACCACCAUGCCUCCUACCAAAAUGUAAUGCACGAUCGGCGAGUCAUUCGAGGCAGCAAUUUCAUCGUGGGCAAUGUCCAGGAGUGGAACCCUUAUUUCGCUUACGCUGGUCUUCUAUCAGGAAAGGGUGACGGAGAUAACCUGCAGAAAGAAGCGGAGGCUCGCCGUAGACAGAUUCUUCGUAAAAAACACGUGGCACGCAAUCAGCGUGGAAUCAUUGGCACUCCACCAGCGGUUCGGGGUCGCAAACAUGAAAACGUACAAACCGAGAAAUAUCUCGAACAGCUCUUCGUUCGUCCUCCAGAGAUGGACGCUGGGUGCCAGACGGAUUUGUUCCUUUACAGGCCACCUUCACCGCCGUAUGUCCCGCAAAAAGUGGGCCAAGACAUUGGCACCGAAAUUCUAGAAGGCGAACUGUUCGAUUUUGACACUGAGGUCCAGCCAAUCAUCGAAGUCUUAGUGGGCCGAACCAUUGAACAGGCUCUAAUAGAAGUUCUUCAUGAAGAAGAAAUUGCAGAGAUGAAGCGACAACAGCAACAAAUCAUGGCUAUCAGGGAAGCUGAACUGGCUGAGCUUCGUCGCUUGGAAAUAGAAGACCGAAAGCUCAUUGCCGAGAAGGAGCGCAGAGUACUGCAAGAUAAGAUCGCGCAGGACUUAGACAGAGAAAUGCAAGAACGCAUUACGGCUUCGAAGUUGUUACAGGGUAGAAUCGAUGAUCUAUUGCCAGACGUGCUUAAUGCCGUUGAGAACAUUAAAGACGAAAGAGAUCGUGAAGAGUUUGAACGGCAAAUUACGCCGUGGCUUGCAAAAGAGGUGGCUCAGGAAAUUGGGCAGAUGAUUGAUUCCAAAGACUUGCUUGAAGAUAUUAUUCGAGAAGUGCUCAUCCAAAAGAAGAAGAAUCUUUUUGGUUCGUCGACGGCUUCCGCAACUGUUGGUGUUGUCGCAGAUGUUGUGGAACCGAAAGUUAAUGGAAUCGGAGAGGACAAGAGUGAUAUUAUGGUAGUGGAAAAUGAAGCUGAAGAACAGGAACAUGAUGUAGUCGGAAACGUUGAAAACGGUGAUUCCCAGAAUGAUUUGUGAUAUGAUUGGCCUUACAAAUGCAAUACUGAAAUUUUAGAACGUAACUAAACUUAUUCGACAUCAAUAGAAUUUAAAUCAGUCAAUGAGUCACAAUACGAAUCGUGAUACUUCAAUAAAGCAUAAAUAGAUUUGAAACCCUUCGCGAAGAUCAACAUUCACGUUUAAUAUAUCAGAAAAAUUAUCUGUUGGAUUCAUUGUUACCUAAUAAA